CCGGCUUCGCCCCCGGCCUCUGGUGGCCCGGCCCCCGGCCACGACCAGCAUCACUUCCUCAGGUCCAGCGUCCGGCCGCAAAGCAAGAGGCUCAGGAAGGAUCCCCAGGCAUCCUGCGCGGCUGCUGGCGGAGCGGGCGGCGGUGGCGGCGCUGCCCCCACCGGGAAAGGAAAAGGUGCAGAUAAUGGUGGGACCUCAUCUAGCAACUCCUCAGGAAUUCCUUCCAGCACUCCAGCUGGCAAUUCAAAAUCAGCUGCAAGGAACCUGAGCUCAUCAACUGGAGAAAAGGAAGAAGGCAAGAAAGUUAGGCGUCAGUGGGAAUCCUGGAGCACGGAGGAUAAGAAUACAUUCUUUGAGGGCCUCUAUGAGCAUGGCAAAGACUUUGAAGCGAUUCAAAACAAUAUUGCCCUGAAGUACAAGAAGAAAAGCAAGCCUGCAAGCAUGGUGAAGAACAAGGAGCAGGUCCGGCACUUCUAUUACCGCACUUGGCACAAGAUUUCCAAAUACAUUGACUUUGAUAAUGUGUUUUCUCAAGGGCUGAAAAAAUCCUCCCUUGAGCUUUAUGGCUUAAUUUGUUAUGGGGAGCUCAGAAAGAAGAUUGGGGGCUGUAUGGAUGACAAAAAUGCAGCUAAACUCAAUGAGCUUAUCCAAGCUGGAGCUACAACGGUUCGCUACAAAGGCAGGAACCUUCGUAUCAAGGCACCCAUGUGUAGGGCUCUGAAGAAGCUCUGUGAUCCAGAUGGUAUAAGUGAUGAGGAAGAUCAGAAGCCUGUGCGUCUUCCACUGAAGGUCCCUGUGGAACUGCAGCCACGGAAUAACCAUGCAUGGGCCCGUGUGCAGAGUCUGGCCCAGAACCCACGUCUCAGAAUGAUUGUGGAGCUGCAUCGGAAGGUAUCCAGCCUCAUUGAGUUCCUGAAACAGAAAUGGGCUCUCCAUGAAGUGCGUGUUAGGAAAACACUAGCUGAAAGGCAGCUGCAAGAUUCCAGAGAUGCUGAAGCAAGCAGCAGCUAUUCAGAAGAGAAAACGAUGCUUCACCUCUUCCCAGGAGAGAAUUGUACGCUUACACCCCUGCCUGGGGUUGCCCGAGUAGUACACUCCAAAGCUUUCUGCACAGUGCAUUGGCAGGAAUCUGGCCGGUGCAAGCAGAGUACAAAGGAUGUCCACUUGCUGCCCCCUGCCCAAAUCUUGGGCAUACAGAGUGGUCAGGGAACAGCCAGAGGGCAGGUGAAAUACUCACGGGGGGCAGAAAAUAAAGGUGGAACCAAGCCUGAGAGUACUGCAGAAGUGAGUAGAAAUCCUCAGUUGACCCUUGAUCCCAUUGUGAGCACUGAAGAUUGCUCCCCAGAAGCUGGGCUUGCAGAAGGAGCAUCUUUGGAUCUCAGUGUCAUCAACAAUCUCAGCAAACCACCUGCUGGGCUUCAGGACCCAAGUGGGAGCCUUGAGAAGUCUGUUCCCAUGACUGAGAGCAUUGAGGCAGCUCCCGUCAUUGCCUUGUCCACUGAGGUAGACUCAAGCAGCACAAAGUGCAAUUGUGGCAGCCUCCCCCCGGAUUUGGAGGAACUCUCUCUGCUUGAUCCGUUCCCUCGUUACAUGAAGUCCUGCCAGGAUCUGAUUGUCCCUGAGAAGUGUCUUUGUGCAGACAAGCCAGACAAGAAAGAUGUUGCCUUGCCAGAAAGCUCCCCUCCCAGUGGGCUUUUUCCUGGCAGCACAGAGGCUGGCAACCUCAGUCCCACACAGCUGGUGAGUGGCAGGGUGGAAUUGCCCAGUUGUGGUCCAUCCACAUCUGAAACUCAGGCCUUCCACUGCUAUGGACAUCAAGCAGAACUGUGUGUUAAGGAGCUCUCUGAUGCAGUAAUGGAGGACUCUCCAGAGAAGCUCAACGCCUCACUGCCGCCGCCGCCGCCGCCUCCACCUCAGGGACAGAUGGUCACGAAGUCUCUCAAGGAUGACCCCAGCCGCCUUGCUCAGCAAGUCCGAGAAGAGGGAUGGAGCCUGCGGACCUCUGAAAGCCUUACCUUGGCUGAAGUCUACCUCAUGAUGGGCAAGCCGAACAAAUUGCAGCUAGAGUAUGAUUGGCUGACUGUCUUGGGGCAGGAAACCCAGGAUGCUGGGGAGCAGGUCUCUGAACCUAAAUCUGCUCCUCCAUCAGCCACUUUUCAUAAACAGAAACUCCUCAAUUGCCUCUUAAAACUCAUCUCUACUGAAGUUAACCCCAAACCAAUCCCCGAAAUGAAUUCCGUUGCAACAUCCCCUAUCAAGCCCAUUCAAGAGGAGCACGCUCUGACCCCCCCUGGAAAGGUGAUUGCCGUUAGCACCAGGAGUCCAGGCUGUGCUCGCAAUCAGCCUGCCCUCCAUAAGAAGACCUUUUCCCCCAGCGCCACUUCCAGCUCCUCAGGUUUGAGAAAUCCUUCUAAACCCCUCUUGGUGGCUAGUUCUUCAAGUUCCAGCAAUCCUGAUGCAGACGGUGGCCUCUUUGCCAUUCCCACAACCCUCCCACCGAACAGCAGGCACGGGAAGCUUUUCUUGCAAAGCAAAGAAGCAGACCUGAGCUUCCGCCAGCGUUUGGACACCAUCAGUAUGCAAUCUGAUUUCUUCUUGCCAAAGCCAAGAAAACUACGCAGCAGACAUCUGCGGAAGCCACUAGUUGUACAGAGAACGCUGCUUCCUAGGCCAUCGGAAAAUCCUUCCCAGCAUGUUUGUUCCUUUUCCAUCUUACCUAACUCCUCCAUAACAGGAAGAGGAUCUUUUCGGCCAAUCCAGUCUUCGCUGACUAAAGCUGCUGUGUCGCGUCCCAUUGUUCCCAAGAUUCUUCCAGCCCAAGCCACCAAUCGUCUGUCCAGUGCUAUUGAUCUGGCAGCUAAAUCUGCCGGUAUUAUCCCUGGCAGUCCUUUGCCACUUCUGGGAACCGAAGGCUUGCCAAGCGUUUCUCCGCUCUCACCAGAGGCAGUAACCACCGUGGUUGGAGGUCAAGAUUCCACAGUGGCACGUCAGAAUGGAGGCUCCGUAGCUACAGUGGCGGGUUCAAGCCAUGAAUGUCGGGUUCCUUUCCUUGGUCUACCAUCCCAGCCUGAGCAAGAGGCCAUUCCUGAUGGCUUCCAGGGAACACCAGUCCUUUCUCUGCCAGAGCUGCCUAAAACAUCUCUCCAGAAUGGUCUGUCUUCACCUCCACUUGCCUCCUCUGAGACUUCCAGUACCCGUCUGUCUCCUCCCAAUGUCUCUGCUCUCCUUGACAUCUCUCUUCCUGGACCCCCCGAGGAUGUUUUGUCUCAGGGAGAACCUGCUACUCAAAUCAGUGAUUCCAUCAUUGAAAUAGCAAUUAGCUCUGGCCAAUAUGGUGAGAACGUUUCUCUGUCCCCAGCCAAGCUGAAUGGCAGUGAUAGCUCCAAAAGUCUUCCAUCCCCCUCCUGCAGCCCCCAGCAGAGCUGGAUCGCCUCACCCAGCCAUGAUCCGCAGUGGUAUCCCAACGACUCCACUGACUCUUCGCUCAGCAGCUUAUUUUCAAGUUUCCUUUCUCCGGAGAAGGGCCGGAAAAUGUUGCCCACCUCAGUGGGCAACCCAAGCAGCACCUCCUUGUUGGGACCUGGUCUGCUGGAUGGGAAUUCACGGGAUUCUUUUGUCUCUCGGUCCAUGGCAGAUGUCGCUGAGGUGGUAGAUUCCCAGUUGGCCUGCAUGAUGAACGAGAACAGCAUAGAUUACAUAUCUCGUUUCAACGACCUUGCCCAGGAGCUCUCGAUCCCUGAGCCAACCCGCCGAGAGAUUCUCUUUGACGGAGGGAGUGGCGGCCCCCCCAUUGGCGACCUCUCUCAGUGAACGCAUCCCACCAGCUGGCUGGUGGGCACCAUUGAAUUGGCCAUAAGGUGGAGGAAUGAUGUCAUAGCUAUGCAGCUGAUUGGUUUUUUUCGUUGUCCUGGCUGGAGCAUGCUUGAGAAGGAGAGAGAUUUUUGUCUUCAACCUCCUAAGGUUCCUGGAAAGUGCAAUAUGCUGGGAACAAUACAACGUGGAGCAGUAUUAUAGGAAGUGACACGUCUAAGCUGGUGACAGGCCAAGUUUACAAGACAGCUCUGGGUUUAUGGUCUGAGCAAGAAGUCCUACAAGCUACAUUUUAGAUAGAAACCAAAACCGCUGUUGGGAUAUCCACAAAUAAGCUGAAAGGGGGGGUAAAUAGUGGUAUGUUUUGUUUGUGUUCCUUUUUAGAACUUUCUUUAAGAUGUGCCUCUCUUGAUCUGUCAUGGUUGUCUUGUGGGCAAGUCAGUUGAACUGGUACUCCUUGCGCUUUCUUGUCGCCCAGUGGCUAAAUUCCACAACGCUUUUACCAGAAUUCUUUCAUGGUUUCUUGCACUCAUUAACAUUCCAGCAUGGCAUGGGAGGGGAGAAAACCCUGCUUCUACUCCAUCUAUAAGAACUAGGAUAGGGUCAGAGGGAACCUUGGAAGGACAUAGUACUUACCCCGGUCUGCUCCUUUUUGACUGAACCUGCAUACCUUCUUCCCCAUCCUUAAAAGAAAAGCCAGCUGUCACCAAAGGGCUUCCAUUUUUCCUGUAAGGGCUAGAAACCUUAUUAAAGGGGCUCUGACUUACAAUACCAGGUAAACCUGUUCAUUCUUCUAGAAGAGGGUUUCUCAAACUCAGCAAC